ACGACAUCAACACCAAUUCUCAAGCCCAGCUCCGUCUUUCCCCCUUCUCUCUCAUUUCGCUCUCCUCCGCACCCCUUAAUUGCCUCUGCUGCCUCUAACUAGCAAUCAUGUCCAGGAGAUACGAUUCGCGGACUACCAUCUUCUCCCCGGAGGGACGUCUCUACCAGGUUGAAUAUGCGCUUGAGGCAAUCUCGCAUGCCGGUACAGCAUUAGGCAUUCUGGCAAAAGAUGGCAUCGUUCUGGCAGCGGAGAGGAAGGUGACAAGCAAGCUGCUGGAGCAGGACACAUCAGCAGAGAAGCUCUACAUUCUCAACGACAACAUGAUCUGCGCCGUAGCCGGCAUGACGGCCGACGCCAACAUCCUCAUCAACUACGCCCGCCAAGCCGCUCAGACGUACCUCCGCACGUACAACGAAGACAUCCCCUGCGAACAGCUCGUCCGCCGACUAUGCGAUCUGAAGCAAGGCUACACGCAGCAUGGUGGUCUCCGACCCUUCGGUGUGUCCUUCAUCUACGCGGGGUGGGAUCCUCAGCGCGAGUUCCAGCUCUACCAGAGCAAUCCCAGCGGCAACUACGGCGGGUGGAAAGCAACGAGUGUCGGAGCGAAUAACGCAUCUGCGCAGAGUUUGUUGAAGCAGGAUUACAAGGAGGAUUGCGAUUUGAAAGAGGCUAGUGGGUUGGCAGUCAAGGUGCUUAGCAAGACAAUGGAUUCGACGAAGUUGAGCAGUGAGAAGAUCGAGUUUGCGACGGUAGGGAGGACGAAGUCGGGCAAGAUCUACCACCAUCUCUGGGGAGCUGAUGAGAUCGAUGCUCUGUUGAAGGAGCACGGUUUAGCGAAGGCGGAGGACACGGAUAUGGCAGAGGGUUGAGAGGUGUACGCGCAAGUAGGCUAGCAUUGUCUGGCAUUUGGGGCCAAGACAGCUGAGGUGGGCACGCUUGGAGACCAUCAGUAACGGGCUGUAGCGUGUAACCCGGCAAUACCGAUCUCACCUUACGAUGAUUACCUCGCACUUAGGGCCAUUUGUGAGACUCACCUUGCUUUGGCCAUUAUCUUUGAUUCCUACGGCAGGAUGAGGAGUCUCCGGUAGAUCCUUCUUACUGAGAAUUCUACCUAGUUAUCGC